CUUUCGUCGCUGCUAAGGUCUUGUGGCUGCAAGGCAUGCCACGUAGAAGGGAAAGGUCCGGUGUCGUCCGCUCGCGACUGAAACGGCUCCUCGGGAUCAUCUCCAAGUCGUACCCGACAGCCGGGCCGCGAGACGGUUCGGCACAGGAACCGUACGAAUUGGAGCGGAUCCGAAUCCAGUCGCUUCUCUUCGGCGAUAAGAAGGAAGAAAGAAGUUUGAAAUCCGUCGUCAAAUGGCUGGCGUCAUCGCUUUCUCUGCCCGUCCUCCGUCGUGCACUUCCCACUGCCGACCGAAGCUUCACUCCGUCCUCCAAUGGCGCGGGUUGCACUGUGGCUCAUCCAAAUUCCCAUCGACCGCUCCGGCGCCGCUCCUCCUCACUCACCCCCUUGGGAGAACCCGCCCCGAUUCCACUCCCAGAGCCUCAGUCGGGAGCGCCGAUUAUGUCGUGGAACCCGGGACGAGUGUUAAGUUCCCCAAGGAGUUGCAGGUUCCAGGCUGCUCCAGCUCUUUGGUUCUACUUGGCACAGGCUAUAGGGAGAAGGUCUUUGCCAUUAUUGGUGUCAAGGUCUAUUCUGCUGGUUUCUAUGCCGAUUUGUCUAUCAGGAAUACAUUUGACAGCUGGAAAGGGAAAUCAUCGACUGAACUUUUAGAGGAUUCCUCAUUGUUCAGUUCCAUCUUCCAUGCACCUUUGGAGAAAUCACUAAAUAUUAUGCUAGUUAGAGACGUUGAUGGUAAAACUUUUUGGACUGCCUUGGAUGAUGUUAUUUCUCCGAGAAUCAAGAAGCCAACGGCCGAUGACGAAUCCACACUAUCAACUUUCCGAAACACCUUUCAAGGGCGUGAUCUUAAAAGAGGGACUAUGAUAUUUUUGACCUGGGUGGAGCCAUCAAAAAUGCUGAUUUCCAUCUCGUCUAGUGGGUUUCCUUCAAAUGUUGAUGCUGAAAUCAAGUCCAUGAAUGUCAACUUGGCACUUUAUGAUGGGUUCUUCGGAGAUAAUCCUGUUUCCCCUACUUUAAAGGCCUCGGUUGCUGAUGGGUUGAGAAUGUUGCAUGGUUAGCUCCAAAUUCAGGUACGUGUGUGUGUUCUCAAUCAAAGUGAUUCUUAUUUUAUUUUGCAGAACUACAAAAGCAAAAAAAAAAGAGGAAAUUAACAGGCAUUUUCAAUCACUCAAACAAAUGUUUGUUUGUUAAUUUUAUUCUCUGUUGUGGCUUCACGAUUCUAUUUACCGCUUAAAAGCUAUUUCAAUAAUUGCUUAUCAACUGCAUAUGUUAUCAAUUAUAUGUAGUUGGGACUUUACGGUUUGUUGUUAUUGUUGUUAUGUGUGACUACAUAUGUAUGUCGUCAGUUAUUCCUCAUACAUGUGGAUUUUUGUAUUAAUUAUAUGAUUUCUACUUAAUAAAGAAAGAAUAUGUAACACCAAUGGAACACCGUUAUGUAGGCAUUUUGGCCCAUCAUUAUAAAAGCCAAGAAAGGAUGGGAAGAUAAUAAGCCUUCUCAGUUUAUAUGACAAUUUUAGUCUCUGCUGUACCUGCAUGAAUUUAUUUGCUGUAUUUUUUGUAAUUUUUUUUCUUAAAAUGUUUGUUAAUCGCCAAUUUUUUGCUCAUACAUGUCUGUAACUACGCAUGCUAUCGAUUAUUCUUAAUAGAUGUGCAUUUUGAUUUUACUGACUUCUGAAGCAGUAAUUUUUGUAUUAAUCGUAUGAUUUCACUUGAUGAUGUAGAAGGAGUCAGCACCAAUUGAAUGCUGACACGUUGCAACUAUGUUGAUACCUUCAUGGAUUUAUUUAGUGUUUUGUUCUGUAAUAAAAAACAAGAAAACUAUAUUAAUAAGUGCUUGUUGACUA